AUGGCAACGGCCCUCCCCACCGACGGCCCCGCAGCCACACCCCCUGCGCCGCCCCCGAAGCCCGGCAGCCACGACGCCAGCCGCAUGGGCACGCCGUCCGGCCUCGUGCCGCCGCCGCCGCCGCCGACUGCCGCCGCCGACUACGAUCAAGGGCGGUCUCGGCGACGUGCAGUCUGCUGCCGCGAAUGCGCUCCGCAAGCCGAGAUUGGGCCCGAUCCGGGGAUAACUGGCUGCCCGCCCUGUUGCAGGAUAAAUCCACCCAAGACCUCGCCGCCCUCCUCAGCUCCCCGCCCUCCUCAUCGCCUCACCCAUGCUCCGCAGACGGCCCACCCGACCCUCGCAGCCUCGCACACCGCCCUGUCGCAGGUCCUCGCCCACAACGCCCAGCUGGCCGCCCAGCUGACGGCCCAGGCCUCGAGCCUGUCGCGCCAGCGCGAGGCCACGCAGGCCCGGCUGCUCGCCACCCAUGCUCUCGAGCGUCAGUGGCGCCAGCGGCAGUCCGACAUGGAUCACGCCCUUGCGCCCUUUCCCCGCCUCGCUCUACCAGCGCCCGCCCAGGGUGUCCAGGAGCAGAGCGCCGUCUGCCACGCCAUGGAGGAGAGCUUCCUCGACAGCGAGGGCGAGCCCGCCUUGGAGCGCGAGGUGGCCGAUUGGACAGACGAGCCAACGCCCUUUGAGUACGUGAGAGAGAGCGCACAGUCGUACGAGCACAUGCAAAACACCAUGAUGGGGAGAUACGAGGAGUUCAUAGCCACGGCACCAACCAUGGGCUGA